AAUUUACUGACAGAUAUAAAAUUACUUUAUGUCGAUAGAAUUUCAACAUAUCAGUUCGUAAUCACAUUGUGUGAAGUGCAUUAACUGAAGUAGUUUAAAAGUGUUAAAUUUAACAAUAAGUGAUUCAAUAUUUAAAUGAAUUAAAUUAUUUAAAUGAUUCGAUUAGAAAAAUUCGAUUUAAUAUUAUUUCAUAUAUUUUUAAUAAUAAAAGGUAUUUCCUUAUGUUUUUGAAGAAGAAGAAUAAUUUAUAUUCGAAAUGUUUAAUAAGAAAAAAAUAUUUAUACAUAAAUAAAUAAUUUAUAAUAACAUAAAUAUUUCAUUAAUCUAUAAUAAAAUAAAAAAAUAAAGGGGAUAUAUAUGACAUAGAUAAUUCUAAAAUACAUUUAAAUGUUAUUUUUAAACAUUUUUUCGUCUUUUUUAUUUUUUAUUAAACAUAAUUAUUUAAAUAAAUUUACUAAUUAUUAAUUGUAAAAAAUAUUCUAUGAAAAAAAUGGCAAAAAAGCGGGAAUGCAUAUCUAUUCAUAUUGGACAAGCUGGUGUCCAAAUGGGUAAUGCGUGCUGGGAACUAUAUUGCUUGGAACAUGGAAUUCAACCUAAUGGGCAAAUGCCCAGUGACACCACUGUUGGUUAUGGGGAUGAUUCUUUCAAUACAUUUUUUUCUGAAACAGAUUCAGGAAAACAUGUUCCAAGAGCUGUUUUUGUUGAUCUUGAACCAACAGUAGUAGAUGAAGUUCGUACCGGUACAUAUAGACAAUUAUUUCAUCCGGAACAAUUAAUCACAGGAAAAGAAGAUGCCGCAAAUAAUUAUGCUCGUGGUCAUUAUACAAUAGGAAAAGAAAUUAUAGAUAUCACUUUAGAUCGAAUUCGUAGACUUACUGAACGAUGCAGAGGUUUACAAGGUUUCUUAAUUUUUCAUUCAUUCGGUGGAGGCACAGGUUCAGGUUUUUCGAGUUUACUUAUGGAAAGAUUAUCCGUCGAUUAUCCUAAAAAAAGUAAAUUGACUUUUAGCAUUUAUCCUGCACCUCAGGUAUCAACUGCUGUUGUAGAACCAUAUAAUGCGAUUCUUUAUACACAUCCAACAUUAGAACAUUGCGAAGUGGCCUUCAUAGUUGACAAUCAAGCUAUUUAUGAAUUAUGUAGAAGAAACUUAAGCAUUGAUAGACCAACAUAUACUAAUUUGAAUCGUUUAAUUGGACAAAUUGUUUCAUCCAUAACAGCAAGUUUACGAUUUGAUGGAGCUCUUAACGUUGAUCUUACCGAAUUUCAAACAAAUUUAGUACCAUAUCCACGUAUACAUUUUCCUCUUGCAACUUAUGCUCCUGUUAUAUCAGCUGAAAAAGCUGGUCAUGAAAGAAUUACAGUAGCGGAAAUAACGAAUUCCUGUUUUGAACCAAAUCAUCAAAUGGUGAAUUGUGAUCCGCGUAGAGGUAAAUAUAUGGCGGUAUGCAUGCUUUAUAGAGGAGAUGUUGUUCCUAAAGAUGUAAAUGCAGCAAUUGCAACAAUUAAAAGGCAAAAACAUGUUCAAUUUGUUGAAUGGUGUCCGACUGGUUUUAAGGUAGGAAUAAAUUAUCAACCACCUACUGUGGUACCAGGAGGUGAUCUUGCAAAAGUAGAAAGAGCUGUGUGUUGUCUUUGUAAUACUACUGCAAUAAUUGAAGCAUGGGCUAGAAUCGAUAAUAAAUUUGAUUUGAUGUAUGCUAAACGAGCAUUUGUUCAUUGGUUUGUUGGUGAAGGCAUGGAGGAGGGUGAAUUUGCAGAAGCACGAGAAGAUUUAGCUGCUUUGGAAUUAGAUUAUCGUGAAGUUCAAGAAGAUGCAACUAAUACAGAAGAUGAGGAAGAAUAUUAAUUUUUUAAAUAUAUCAAAAGUGUGUUAUUUGAUUAAAAUACAAUAAAUAAAAUCAAUAAUUGUAAGAAAAUAAAUCAUAUUUUGUAUUUUAGAAUGAUUGAAUAUAAAUCAUAUCGAUAUAUCAAAAUUAAACAGAGAUAUAUAGAAUAUUAUUAUAUAAAAGAGAUCUAACGUUUAAUAUAUUUUUUUAUUUAUGAAUAAAA